CUUGUUGUAUCCAUACUAUAUUAUCUUAACUGUGUUAUCGUUAUUACUGAAAAGUUUUGCCAUUAGCUGUUGAUGAUGUAUGUAAUAAAUUUCUCCAUUAUGUUGUUGAAAAUAGGGUAUUUGCGUGUAGAUUUUAUCGGAAGUGUUACUCUACGUUCGAAACAACAACAACAAGAUUAACCAUGCGGCUGGAUGUCUAGCUUGGACACGAUACUCAGUGAAGAAAGAGUAAAGGCAUAAGCUCGUCAUGGCACGUGGCGUUACAAUUGAUAUCAUAUCAACUAAAAUCAGUUUAAUAAUAAGUUUAUUAAAUAUCGCAGUGAACAAAUAUGUUCUUGUCAGUUAUACUGAGAUAUCUUUUACCCGGGCCAAUAUAUUAAAGGCCUACAGACCACUUUUUUCUACAGUUAAAACCCAGAAAAACAAACAGAAGCAAAAGAAACUUACAACAGAUUCAUGCAGAGCUUGUAUUUAUGUUAUUUUAGGGCAGCUGAUGGGAAGGCCACAUUCAGUGAUAGAAUAUGCAGUUGCCUCCUCAAGGGGAGAGCGAGGGACAAGGAAAACGGGCCGACAAUAUUUCCAUGGAAUGACCUUUCUAAAUCCAAAGAAAAAGUGAGUUAUGGCUUAUCCCAGACAGUGUUUAUACGGGUAAAUGUUCAUUUGCAUAUAGGCGCCUAUACAUUGAUUGUUCAUGGCUGUACAAAAUAUGUUACAUGGCGGCCCGCCAGGUUUCCGUGGAUGGAGGAAAGUGGAGUACCCAUAGUUAAACUUCAAGGGUGUCAAAUUUUGUUAUCCUUUCAGGUUCUUCAUUGCACAAGUCUUCAACCGGAUGUAUAUGAGAUAUUGGUCUCCCUUUUAAAUUACUUGGGCCCCUUAAAUUAUUAUGCAGGAAGGACAGUGAAAUGCAUUUCAACAGGAGAUCAGCUCAUCAUUUCUUUAAUGAAACUUCGGCAUAAUUUUACGGAUGUUCAUCUCUGUACACUAUUUAAUACAAGUUAUGCUACCAUAUCUAAUAUUAUACUUCAGCCUUUACAUGAAUGUUUAUAUGAAGGCAUUAUUUCACAGGGCAUGCCCUCUCAAUUAAAGUGUAAAGGGUCAAUGCCAAAGAGUUCUGAAUGUUUUCCCCCUACACGCGUUGCCAUGGAUGCUACUGAAAUUACUUAGGACAUACCCACACCAUUACAUGGAAAAAUGUUUGUUAUAGUAAUUACAAAAGCAGAUAUACUGUAAAAUCUGUUACUAGUGUUGCGACAAAUGCAGCCAUUGUUUAUGCCUCAGAUUUAUAUCC